GUCUCAAUAAUUUCUGCAACCCUUGUGCCGCAUCUCUACCAUAGUCGCAGGGCGCAAAUCGGCACCUGUGAGAAGCUAGGUCCAGCCAGCAAUCUCAAAUUAUAUAACCGAACACUGGACACCGAAAGGAUAAACUGACAUUCGACCUAACCGAAUUCUUGAAUCUACCGCGUCAUUGAAGGAAAUUCCAACAGAAACCAUGACGAUUGAAGGUCUAGACGCUUCCUACAGGAUUCGUAGGAGAUGGGAUUUCGGCUUGACUGCCAAAGAUAUUGCACACUACACCAGGAUAUCCACUCACUCGAAGACAUGGAAGCUCUUACUCCCCAGCUUCCUGCAUACUUCCUUGAGCGACGGGCGCCAAACACUGCAUAAAAAGUCCUUAGAUUCAGCUCUCCAAGGACUUCGAGGAAUAGCAGCAGUUAUUGUAUUCCACAGACACCUUCUGAUGUCUUUCUCGGAGUUCCCUGAUUACGGGUACGGCCUCGACAAGACAGCCGAGCUCCAUUUACCGAAUCACUGGAUCCAUCAAUUACCAUUCCUGCGCGUACUUUAUUCGGGAGGCGCCAUGGUACCAAUGUUCUUCAUCAUUUCAGGAUACACACAGUCAUUGAAACCAUUACAGCAGAUGCAAAGAGAGCAGUGGGAUUCUGUGCACAAAACUCUCAGUUCGGCAAGCUUUCGACGUGGAUUUCGGCUCUUCCUUCCCACAUUUGCUGCCGCUAUGCUUAUUGCAUUCUCUGUUUGGCUGGGAUUAUACGAUUGGGGUUCGAGCUUCAGAAAUACUUGGUUUGACGAGAACCCAAGUAAACUCCCACGAGAGCAAACUCUACUUGAACAGGUUUGGGUGGUCUGUCAAUCAUUUAAAGGUCUCCUCGACGUGUGGAAUUGGGAUGAAUAUUUUCCAGACUUCAAUCCACAGAUGUGGACCAUUGCAGUGGAGUACCGAUGCUCACUUGCUGUUCAAUUUGCCUUGCUGGUUCUCUCCAUGAUUCGGCCUGUGCUACGAGAACUCAUUUUAACGAGCAUAAUAUGGUACUGUCAUGUCCACGGUCGAUGGGACAUUGUGUGCUUCCUGGCUGGUCUCCUUUUGGCCAAUAUCAAUUUGACUCUCAGAUCUCGGGUUAAGAAUGGGAACCUAGGUUCCGAGUAUCCCGCAGAACGUGAGAGACAAGAUGAAUCGAAAGGUAAAACAGUCCUUAGAUCAUUAACGUUCCUCGUUGGUCUCUACUUCAUGGGCUACCCGAAGAAAGAUGGGAUAUUCACUCCUGGAUACCAGAGGAUGGGCUCUUACGUACCCGAUGGAUGGGUUGAUCACAGGUUCUGGAGUACUUGGGGCACCUUCCUUGUCGUCGGAUCAGUCACAAACUCUCCUGUCCUCGCCAAUUUCUUCGAGUAUAGUCUCUUCCAAUACUUGGGAAAGAUUAGUUAUGCAAUGUACUUGACGCAUGGUCCAGUGCUUCACAUCACAAGCCACGUAUUGGUACCGAUGAUGUGGCGAGUCACUGGCAGGGAGAACAACUUUUGUGUUGUUUUAGGAUUCGAAAUGGCUACUUUUUUCGUGACUAUACCUGUACUGUUAUGGACUGCAGAUUUGUUCUGGAGGUUUGUAGAUGUACCAUGCGCAAACUUUGCAUUUUGGCUGAAGACAAAGGCUUUGGUAGCUUGA